CUCUCUCUCUCUCUCUCUCUCUCUCUCUCUCUCAGGAUGCAGGGUCAUAAGCUGUGGUCUCAGGUGGCCUUUAUCGCCCUCCUGGUGGUCGCCGUGAUGGCAACCGAUGGAGGAAAGACAGAGAAACAAGGUAAGAAGGAGCGCCGGUCGGACUGCAGUGAGUGGCAGUGGAGCGUGUGCGUGGCCAACGAGGGCGACUGCGGCCUGGGGACCCGCGAGGGGACGCGCGGCGGGGCCGAGUGCAAGCAGACCGUCAAGACCCAGCGCUGCAAGAUCCCCUGCAACUGGAAGAAGAAGUUUGGAGGGGAGUGCAAGUACGAGUUCCAGGCCUGGGGCGAGUGUGACCCAGCCACCGGGAAGAAGAACCGGACGGGGUCCCUGAAAAGAGCCCUGAUGGACGCCACUUGUGCUGCCACUGUCACCGCCACCAAACCCUGCGGGAAGACCCACAAGACCAAACUGCAAGACUCAAAGAAGCAGAAGAAGGAGGGAAAGAUACGGGAACGCACUCCGAUGGACUAGGAUGAUGACAUCACUGGCAAGGGCGAGAGGGAGAGUGAAAGAGAGGGAGCGAGAGAGGGAGAGAGAGAGAGUCCUUUAGGUUGACCGUAUAGCAACACAUCAUGUCAACAGAAACCAGUUGGGAUUCAAACCAAAUAGAAAAGUAGUUUUGACCUUGUGUUUUAUCAUCUUGUCCCUCUUUUGUUCCAGCCUGGUGAAGCCUUGUAACCCCUCGCCUUGUCCUAUUAAUCAAUUCAAAAGGUGUGUGUUUUUGUCGUAGGGCACUUCCACCUAAUCAUGUCAUCGCUGGGAUUAUUCUGUUUCUGCCCCACGGAAAACCCAACUCUGGAUAGAAAGAGUUUCAAAGCGCUGGCCAGGACGCGACAAGCAGUCCUCAUCCCCACUUAAUUAAUUUGAACAGAAAGUUGUUCUAAUGCAAUUACGAAUAUGGUUUGAGUCAGGGCUUUAUGAUUUAUUCUUUUAUCCAUUUGAGGGCUCUUUUUUUUGAUUAAUGACUUUUCUUUAUUAUAUUCCUGAUAUGAAAUAAUGCAUUGUUUUAUUUUUUUGCCCAGGGGACUGCGUUAAGCAGGCCUCUGGGUGUGUGCUGUGGGAACUUCUGUCUUGUGAUCUCUGUCGAAUUUUCCUUGUCAUUGUCAAACUUUUCUUGAAAGCUGUCGGUUUUUAACAAUGCGCUUUUCCCUGCCUACUACCUUCUGAAAUAAAUAAUAAUAAAAUAAGUAAAUUAAGAACCAAAAA